UUCCACACUCACAGUCCCACACGACUCCUCCGGUCCUCCCAUCCUGACCCAACCGCUGCUGCUCCAGCAUGCGCAUCCUCCGGGGAAUCCUCGCCGUCUCCGGCCACCUCGCCGGCCGCCGCGCGCCGGCGAACAACGCCCACCUGGCACUCUUCUCCCGCGCCCUCCAAAUCCUCGCCCAGCAGGAGCCCGUCCGCCUCCAGAAGCUCUCGGCGCCCGACUCCGGGAUCGUGGAGAUGAGGCUGGAGCGGCCGGAGGCCAGGAACGCCAUCGGGAGGGAGAUGCUCCAGGGGUUGCGGAGCGCGAUCGAGAAGGUGAAGGCUGACGCGACGGCGAAAGUCGUGCUGCUGGCGAGCUCCGUCCCGAAGGUUUUCUGCGCUGGCGCUGAUCUCAAGGAAAGGAGGUUAAUGAGCCCUUGCGAAGUUCGCGAAUUUGUCAAUUCCCUAAGAUCUACAUUCCUGUCCUUUGAGGCAUUGUCAAUUCCUACAAUUGCCAUUGUUGAGGGAGCUGCUUUUGGCGGUGGGUUAGAAUUGGCUCUUUCUUGUGAUCUCCGUAUAUGUGGGGAAAAUGCAACAUUUAGCUUGCCAGAAACUGGCCUUGCUAUUAUUCCUGGAGCUGGGGGAACGCAGCGUCUUCCUAGGAUUGUUGGAAAGUCCAGAGCAAAGGAAUUAAUAUUCACUGGUCGUAGAUUCGAUGCAGUAGAAGCUGUAACCAUGGGAGUAGUAAACUACUGUGUUCCCGCUGGGGAGGCUUAUAAAAGGGCUCUUGAACUUGCCCAGGAGAUAAAUCAGAAAGGUCCGUUAGCGAUAAGAAUGGCUAAGAAGGCCAUCAAUCAAGGCAUGGAGGUAGAUCUGUCCGCCGGAUUGGCUGUCGAAGAAGAAUGCUACGAGCAAGUUCUGCACACUCAAGAUCGUCUUGAAGGUCUAGCUGCAUUUGCUGAGAAAAGGAAACCUGUAUACACAGGGAAAUAAGGUUGUAAAUGGUGUUAAAAUUGCAAGUUGCUUUCAAUUGAGCUUCUCACAUCCAGAAGGGUUGAGCAGGUUAUUUUUAGACUUUCUACUGUGUUCAUAUCUUUCUCCAUACAUGUAAGAAGAACAAGAUACAUCUGCCAAUUCAUGCUACAUUUUAUCAAGUUAAUAAGGUUACACAUGUUCUCUGCA